ACCUUUGCCACGCGCACCAGACUGCCCCCGCUUCUUUCUGGAAGCCGGACGCCUCCAAGGUGAUACUCUCAGGAAUCAUAGGAUUAACAACUUGGAAACGGCCUAUGAUACUGCUGGUGAACCUCUUUGUGCUGCUGUCCGUGGUGUGUGUCCUCUUAAAUCUAGCUGGAUUUAUCCUUGGCUGCCAAGGGGCCCAGUUUGUGUCCAGCGUGCCCCGGUGUGAUCUGGUGGACUUAGGCGAAGGCAAGAUUUGCUUCUGUUGUGAAGAAUUUCAACCAGCCAAAUGCACAGACAAAGAAAAUGCCUUGAAACUCUUUCCGGUUCAGCCUUGUAAUGCUGUUCACCUGCUACUCAAGAAAGUUCUUUUCGCCCUGUGUGCCUUGAAUGCCCUGACCACCACUGUCUGCUUGGUGGCAGCUGCCCUUCGCUACCUCCAGAUAUUUGCAGCCCGAAGAUCCUGCAUCGAUGAAUCCCAGAUUUCUGUCGAAGAGGUGGAAGAACACGGACGGAUCCCAGACCCCGAUGACUUCGUGCCGCCGGUGCCCCCGCCUUCCUAUUUUGCCACAUUUUACUCAUGCACACCCCGGAUGAACCGCAGGAUGGUCGUUCCCGAUGUUAUUCCACUCCCACAUAUCUACGGAGCGCGAAUCAAAGGUGUGGAAGUGUUCUGUCCUUUGGACCCCCCGCCUCCCUAUGAGGCUGUGGUGAGCCAGACGGACCAGGAGCAGGGAUCUUCAUUCCACAUGCCAGAAGGAUCAGAAGGUGCCACAAGCCCCUUGGAGCCCAUCUGCGUGCCAGCAACUCAAGAAUCAGGUGGGGACAUUCCUAACUCACCUGGAGAAGAAACCUCCAUGUCGGCGCCCGAUGCAAACCAGCGGCGUCCUGCCCGAAGCCGGAGAGCCCUGGCGCCCCUGAGGACGAGAUCGAGGAGCGACCCUGUGCUCCACCACUCGGCGGACAGAGCUGCCCCCGUGCUCAGCUGUGAAGCCGCCACGCAGACAGAGGGAAGACCGCAGCUCGCCACGGUGACCUUGAGGAGAGGUCUGAGAUGCAGAGCAUUGCGAUGCCGGCCUCAGUCCCUGAUCGAUUACAAGUCCUACAUGGACACUAAGCUGCUGGUGGCCAGGUUCCUGGAGCAGUCCUCCUGCAGCAUGACCCCGGACAUUCAUGAGCUCGUCGAGAACAUUAAAUCUGUUCUGAAGUCCGACGAGGAGCACAUGGAGGAGGCCAUCACCAGUGCCAGCUUCCUCGAGCAGAUCAUGGCCCCGCUGCAGCCCAGCACUUCCAGGCCUCACGUGCCGCCCUCCCGGAGGCAGCCUGGACUCUUGCACCUGCGGAGCUGCGGGGACCUGAGCACCUUCGUCCCGGCGGGGAGGCCGCGAGCCGAGAGGAGGCCCCGGCGAGCGGAGGCUGAGCGGCCCCACAGCCUCAUUGGCGUCAUCCGGGAGACUGUCCUGUGAGCCUGUGCGGCCAGGCGCCUGGCAUCGGCCUGAUGCAGGAAGGAAGGAAGAUGCACCCGGAAGGCGGAAUGAUCCUCGCUGACCAUGCGGUGCCCUGGCUGGGAGUUGGCCUGACUUCUGGGAACUCCUUAAAAGGGGGGCACGCUGGAGGACAUUUGUCCCCUCUCUGGCUCCUCAUUCUGCUGACUGAGCGCAUUCAGGGGUGGAUAGGCAGGUUCUUCCGAGCCCGACUGGCUUUUGGAUGCACUGAUCUGGAGGCGUCUGCUGGGUCAGCUGGGCAGAAAGUGGGCUAGUGAUUCUUUGCCCACUUCGCGGCCCUGGCUCUCUUCCUCGCUGAGCGGCUGCCUCAGUGGAAGGAUAGAUGUGCUGGCUGCUCUUAUAACUCUGCAGCCUGUCGCUGUUCCCUGAGAGCAGUGGGCACAGAAGCAGGACGAUUAACCCCGAUGUUUUCUGCACUUGUCAAGCUUCAUUUUAGGUCACCCUCAAAUCACAGUCUCUUUAGGAAAAACGGGAAACUCGUUCGGUGACAAAUCGUAAUGAAAGAUGUUUUGGGAGAGGGUCUUGUUGAUUCCAUUUAUCCGUGCUUGCAAAACUAGAGAUGGCUAAGGCCCAACGGAGAAUAAAAACGUGUACUUUGGACCUCUGG